AACCCCUGGUCGUGUAUGCAGGGUGUCACACACUGUCCCUCAGGUUGUGGCAGGCAGACACUCUCUGUGUCUCUCUCUGUGUCUCUCUGUGUCUGUGUCUCUCUGUGUCUCUCUCUGUGUCUGUGUCUCUCUCUGUGUCUCUGUCUCUCUCUGUGUCUGUGUCUCUCUCUCUCUGUCUCUCUCUCACUCUGUGUCUCUCUCUGUGUCUCUCUGUGUCUGUGUCUCUCUCUGUGUCUCUGUCUCUCUCUCUCUCUGUCUCUCUCUCACUCUGUGUCUCUCUCUGUGUCUCUCUGUGUCUGUGUCUCUCUCUGUGUCUCUGUCUCUCUCUCUCUCUGUCUCUCUCUCACUCUGUGUCUCUCUCUGUGUCUCUCUGUGUCUGUGUCUCUCUGUGUCUCUCUCUGUGUCUGUGUCUCUCUCUGUGUCUCUGUCUCUCUCUCACUCUCUGUGUCUCUGUCCUCUAGAGUCCCGUUAAUGAAGACUCGCACGCUGCGGCGGUCCCUGAUGGACAGCGGUCUGACGCUCCAGGAGCUACAGUCCCGGGGUGAAGCCGCGACCCGGGAGCCGGGGGUCCCCGAAUCGAGAACCGCAGUGACCCCCAACACCGAGCCUCUCCCAGAACGACUCACGAACUUCAUGGACGCUCAGUAUUACGGUCUCAUCGGAAUUGGAUCCCCACCUCAGAACUUCACCGUCAUGUUUGACACCGGAUCAUCCAAUCUCUGGGUUCCCUCGAUAAAAUGCUCCUUCCUGGACCUCGCCUGCUGGGUGCACCAUCGCUAUGAUUCGAGGAAGUCCAGCUCCUAUGUGAAGAAUGGGACCGCGUUCUCAAUCCAGUACGGGACGGGCAGUCUGUCUGGCUUUCUGAGUCGGGACACUGUGACUAUCGCUGGUUUGUCGGUCUCCUCUCAGCUCUUCGCUGAAGCCGUGAAGCAGCCGGGUAUCACGUUCCUGGUGGCUCGCUUCGACGGGAUCCUGGGACUGGGGUACCCCUCCAUCUCCGUGCAGGGGGCGCCCCCCGUCUUCGACACCGCCAUGAGCCAGAAACUGUUACCCCAAAACAUCUUCUCAUUCUACCUGAACAGGGACUCUGCAGGUGAGCUGGGAGGGGAGCUGCUGCUGGGGGGGGUCGACUCGAAGCAUCACAGCGGAGAUCUCCACUAUGUGAAUGUGACCCGCAAGGCGUACUGGCAGAUCAAGCUGGAUGGGGUUGCCGUGGGUAACCAGCUGUCUCUGUGCAAGGGCGGUUGCCAGGCGAUAGUGGAUUCCGGAACUUCCCUGAUCACAGGCCCCGCCCAGGAGAUACGAGCCUUGCAGAAAGCGAUUGGAGCCACGCCCCUUUUCAUGGGAGAGUACCUGAUUGACUGCAAGAAGAUCCCGUCUCUUCCUGUGGUGAGCCUCACUCUGGGAGGGAAGCAGUUCAACCUGACUGGAGAGGAUUACGUGCUGAAGGAAUCUCAGGCCGGAAUCUCAAUCUGCCUCAGCGGGUUUCUGGGAUUGGACAUUCCGCCCCCUGCAGGGCCGCUGUGGAUUCUGGGAGACGUUUUCAUUGGUCGUUAUUACAGUGUGUUCGACCGAGAGAGAGAUCGAGUGGGGUUCGCCCCAGCAGUGUGAGCAAGCGACCGCCUUUCAAACCCAUCCUCUCACCUCUUAUUAGCUUUAUUAACAGGAUCACUGGCCCCUCCCUUUAAAGGAGCGCUGACCAUCUUUAAAAUCCAUUCUCUCACCUCUUAUUAGCUUUAUUAACAGGAUCACUGGCCCCUCCCUUUAAAGGAGCGCUGACCAUCUUUAAAAUCCAUUCUCUCACCUCUUAUUAGCUUUAUUAACAGGAUCACUGGCCCCUCCCUUUAAAGGAGCGCUGACCAUCUUUAAAAUCCAUUCUCUCACCUCUUAUUAGCUUUAUUAACAGGAUCACUGGCCCCUCCCUUUAAAGGAGCGCUGACCAUCUUUAAAAUCCAUUCUCUCACCUCUUAUUAGCUUUAUUAACAGGAUCACCGACCCCUCCCUUUAAAGGAGCGCUGACCAUCUUUAAAAUCCAUUCUGUCACCUCUUAUUAGCUUUAUUAACAGGAUCACUGGCCCCUCCCUUUAAAGGAGCGCUGACCAUCUUUAAAAUCCAUUCUCUCACCUCUUAUUAGCUUUAUUAACAGGAUCACUGACCCCUCCCUUUAAAGGAGCGCUGACCAUCUUUAAAAUCCAUUCUCUCGCCUGUUUUUUUUAUUAAAUGGAGUAUUAUUAUUAUGCAAAUGAUGAGAACAAAUUAAUAAGAUGUUUUUUAUAUAUAAUAUCAUUUUCAAUAAGCAUACAUGCUUUGUAAUAAAACUAUAAAUUAAGAAUAUUAAGAAUUAUAUUGUAGCGUCAAACUGAACGGGAUUGUGAGGCCCUGUCUGUCUGUCUGUCUGUUUGUCUGUCUGUCUGUCUGUCUGUCUGUGUGUCUGUUUGUCUGUCUGUCUGUUUGUGUGUCUGUCUGUGUGUCUAUGUGUGUCUCUCUGUGUCUCUGUGUCUGUCUGGGUGUCUGUCUGUGUUUCUCUGUCUGUCUGUGUCUCUCUGUGUGUCUGUCUGUGUCUCUGUGUGUCUACCUGUGUGUCUGUUUGUCUGUGUCUGUGUCUCUCUGUGUCUGUUUGUCUGUGUCUCUCUGUGUCUGUCUAUCUGUCUGUGUCUCUGUGUCUGUCUGUCUGUGUCUCUCUGUGUGUCUGUCUCUGUGUGUGUCUGUCUGUGUCUCUCUGUGUGUCUGUCUGUGUGUCUGUCUGUGUCUCUCUGUGUGUCUGUCUCUGUGUGUGUUUGUCUGUGUCUUUUUGUGUCUGUUUGUCUGUGUCUCUCUGCGUCUCUCUGUCUGUCUGCAGCUUAACCCCAAAAACUAAUACAUAAAUAAAUACAAUUACUACCAUUUUAUAAAGUAUAAAUAUUUCAAAAUGAUAUUGAAUGCAUCUGCUUUGUAUCGGGAAAGCCAUGAUGAUACUUGCUUAUUACUAAAUAAAAUGCUUUGAUUUGGAGAAA